AUGGCCAACCUCACGCCGGGUGUCGAGUUCGCUGAUCGUGCCUGCAACUCGUGCAGACAGCGUCGGGUCAAGUGUGACAAGAGACUUCCAGCCUGCCUGCGGUGUGAAAAACUUGGCAGGCCAUGCACGGGCUAUGAUCUGGAACGCAAGUUCCUGGAUGAGGGCAUCAAAGUGCGAAGGAAGUAUGAUGGGAACUUUCAAUCCCCAGAUUUCACGAAGGCGGUGGUCUCGAAUUCCCCCAGGGUGCCAGCAGCGGCAGUGCCUGACCGUCGAAUCAAUCUUCCGCCAAUACACAACAUCCCGAGCAUCCCUCAAGUAAAUUCACCACCCAUCUCUUCGGUCCCCAAUCCCCCAGGCAGACAAGGCGCGUCCAAUCGAGUCUCGAUCCCCAACAUACAAUUUCCCGCCUUUGGAAUUCUCAACCAACAAGGUCCCGACUUUAAUCUAUUUCCAAAUACUCCUCCUCAGCCAGCGCUCAGCGCUCCUCCUCCGUCCGCUACCCCGACAAAUUUCCAGUAUGCGGCUACACCUCCUCAAUUCCCCGACCACGGUCAAUAUACUCACCAGGAGCACCCCACCGCUAAACUACUACAUGGCAAGCCCCAGUAUGCACCCUCAGACUUGGAUUCUUCUGUUAGCGAGGACUAUUUCGACCUUGACAUUGACACCUACUACGCGAACGGGAACAACGCUUGUGGUUUCAUUCCUGGUCUUCCCGUGAUCUUGACCGACACCAAUGUUCCUGAGUCCGACGACGAUUUCUUAACGAGUGAUUUCGCUUCGAUCAGCGGCCGAACAUCAUCAGUCUACGAUGGGCAAGUGACUCUCCUCUCCGUCCCACCCUGUUCUUUUGGCUGUAUCCAGCGUUGCUUUAUUCCAGAUCGAGCCGAAUCAAACGCCUAG